CUUAUCUAUAUACAGAGUUGCUUUUGUUAUUUUUAUUAGUUUUAAUUACAUCUGGCAGAAGUUUAACUCUGAGAAACUUUAGUCUCCAGUGAAAACUAAGUGGUAACCAAUUGUGAACCGUUACAUUAGAAUUUUUUCAGAUGGCAAACUUAUGAAUCAAUUAAGCACAAAGCAUGUUUUUCAACAGAUCCAAAUAUCCUUGGUUUUUCUCGGACACGUCAAAAAGCACAGACCUACAUCCAGUCAUCAGUGCUUUAGCCUCUUGCCUCGUUAGAUUUCCAAUGAAUUUAAUCCCGAUUUAUUAUGCAAGCAAAAUCUUUCACGUUUUAGUUUAGCAGAGACUUUCAAAGCUGUCUUAACAAUUACCCAUGAAAACUAUGAGACAGACAAAGUUAACCAUUACUUUAAAUCACCCUUUUGUUAACAAAUUGGAACAGAGAUAGCAUGAGCUCAUUUGACCUUCAGCAAAUCUAGGUAGAAUAAAAGUGGGGUGUUUUUGUUUUUGUUUUUGUUUUUGUUUUUGUUUUAAUGCUGAUGAACAUUGUCUCUCUCAAACCAACAAAUUCGCUUAAACACUGAAUACGUUUUACUUGGGUCCUCGUAAGACAAUUUGUUCCCCAUGGUGAAUUUUUACCUAGGACAUUGGUGGGGAAAUCUGACUUCAGUGGUCUUUGCUCCUUGACAUGGGGGCGGGGGGAGUAGAGGCUGAUUGUGCCUGAGGCACUGAGGAGCCAGUUACGCAGGCUGCCCCCCUCCCCACCCUGGGGGUGCAGAAAAGGAGUGGGGGGAGGGAAGGCAGAAGAGGAGAGGUGCCACCAGAAGGCAGAGAAAGAGAAUUCCCAGUUUUAAAUCUUGUCGGCUCAGACAGAGGGGCAGACUCCAGAUUUCUUUUGUUUUGUUUUGUUCUCCACCAGUGGAAUCAGGCAGUUCGUGUCGGUCCAGAGAGGACAGGGAAUUUCCCCCAAACAAAAGGAAUUUCGGCAGCUGCUUGGGAAUAUUUCUUAAAGUCCCUGUUCUGAGGGAGACUAACCAGACUCCAACCUGCCGCCCAGCGCCUUAGAGUUGCAGCUUCGUUCCCUGUCCCUUGUGGAACUUCUAGGGCAACUCUGGGAGGUGAUCGGGCUCCCCUUCUGCUUCUUAGGGGCAGGUGUGCCCAAACGAACCCAGGUUCUUACCAGUCUGUCGGGUCGUGCUCCCUGAGUUGGCUCCUGGGCCCCAUGGGUUCCGUUGGUGCACCGGAGGGCUAGCCUCCUGCGGAUCAAGUGGUCUGCUGUUACCAGGCGAGGCCCCUCUCCCGGCGCCCUGAGGCUCGAGGUUCGAGGUUCGUAUCCCCGGUGGAAAAGAGGGUGGAAAUGCACCGUCUCCGAAUCCCGGAGGACCCUCCCCAGGUAAUGUAGCGGGAAUCUUGCACAGAGAGUCGUGACACCGAGGCUUUUCUUUCCAGGAAGCGACUUCAUUCCUGCCGGCACUGCUCUGUUGCGUUCGUACCCAAAGAACUGAGCCCCGAACGCCAUGUGGCAUAGUGUUAAAUGUAUUUUUUACUUCCUUGUCUCCCAUAUAUGGUAACAUACAUAAACAUGUAGUUUGAUUAGGUAGUCUCAGUUUACAAGGUCAUGAGGAAUGUUGUCACGCAGGUACAUAGCCAGGUACCUUGAAGUUUUGUUUUUUCUUUUCUCUCCCUUUUUUUUUCCCCCUCUCCUUAGGGAGAGGGUCCUACCACAGUGCUGCUGCUGUUGCCUUUGAGGGCGCAGCCUUGAACCCUGGAGGUGCACCUGCACAGCCAGCCCCAUCAGUGAUGGAGUGCAUGCCAGCCCCUGGGGGACUGGGUUCCUUCACUGACAAGGGGGGGCCGGGGAGACGGGGCUUAUUCUGUGAAUGAGCCUCAGAAACGGACUUCCUCUGGACAUAAGAGAAACUGUUUCCUCCUCCUCAACUGCCUAGAAUCUCCCUCCUCCAACAGCAGCCAACCCUCCCCUCCUCUACUCUCUGGUCCCCAGCUGGCAGCAGGCGUCGUCCAUUCCCCGGGGCUUCUGACCACCGUCUCCGCCCCCACGGUGUCGUGGCUGGAGGUGCCCUCCGCUUGUUGCCGUUAUCCUGACUCCUAUGUCCAUCAGGGGAGGCCUUCGGGAAUCCCACGAUGGGUUGUUAAGGUCCAGAGGCCUGAAGACACUGGAGGGGCACAUCCAAGACUGUGGGGCAUCUGGAGCUCUCAGACCUGAGAGCAGCACAGAAGCCCUUUGUGAAGGGAAUACAGGCUGAAAGAAAAGUGAAGGGGAACAAGGCGGGGCUGGCAUCGUGGCCAAGAGACGCAGAGAGAGAAGUGUUCCGGCUUUGGAACUAGAAGACGCCAGGGUCCUCUCUCCCUCCCUUCCUCCCCUCCCCUCUCUAUCUCCACACACACAGAAAGGUCCUAUGUGGACACAGGGAGCAGUUGGCCGUUUACAAGCCAAGAGAGAGCUCUCACUAGAAACCAACCCUCCCGGCACCUUCAGCUUGGAAUCCAGCCUCCAGAACUGAGAAAAUAGAUUUCUGUGGUUUAAACCGCCCAGCUGAUACUAUGUUAUUACGGCAGGGCUAGCAGACUAAUAAUACGCAUGGCCAGGUAGAAAACAAAGGAAAUGUAACAUUUGGGGACGUUUUUCUCAUCUUUUAAAACCUAUCAGGAAUAUUUUCCUUGACCAAUACAUAGGAGUCUAAGGCUGCGAUGAGUGUUGCUGAAGAAUAAAAACACCUUAGUUCUAGACCAGCCAGGGAUUAGGGAUGCUGGGGUCAUAUGAGGGUGAUGGGAUAUUUAUGUAUCUUUAUUGUAGUGAUGGUUACAGGAACCCGUCUACGUAACACGGUGUCACAGAACGAUCCAUGCAAUUUCUUGGUUGAGAUAUUUGAUGAUUGUUAAACACAUAAGAAUACUUAAAUACAUAAAAAUGUAUCUUUGGCAGGAAACUGGGUGAAGGACCUCUCUAUAUUAAUUUUGAAACUUCCCAUCAGUCUCCAUUUGUUUCAGAAUAAGAACUUAAAAAUAAAGAAGUACACAAGUAGAUAAUAAAUAGAUUAAAAAGUCUGUUCACUCUCAACCACAGUCCUCAGAGGGGCCAAAAAAGCCAGGAGAAUGAUUCUCCACAAUUGGGAGGUCUUCCGAGAUCAAAAAGAUAUAAAAACCGUCAAAGAGGCUUUCAGCACAAAUACUGGAAAUGCUAAGCAAAUACUUAAAAACGGAAGUGUGAGUUUCAGAGAUGGUCGUCACAGGGAAAUAUGAGGGGCGGGGUGUGGAAAACAGCAGAUUGCUGUUUUAUCUAAGUUCAUCCAGUGAUGAGCUUUCUAUCUGAAGUCAGACUUAAAACAGGAAGUCUUUUUAGCACCCCCCCCCCCCCCCACACACCCCAAGACUGGGCAGCAUCCUCCGUGGUUGGGCUUGCUGGUAUCUUCACCAUGAGAAACGGGCAUCUAAGUUUGCUGCCGGGACUCUUGACACAGCUGCUGUUGCCACUGGGAGCUGCUGCCCAGAAGACUAGUGACUGUGCACGGUGGUGCCCUCUGAACUCCAGAUGUGUCAACGCCACGGCCUGUCGCUGCUCUCCGGGGUUCACUUCUUCAUCCGGGGACGUCUUCACCAACCGCUUGGAGAAUUGUGAUGACAUCGAUGAGUGUGGGCCACCCUUGGCAGUGUCCUGUGGAAAAUUUGCAAACUGCCAGAACACAGAGGGGAGCUUCUACUGCGAAUGCAGCCCCGGUUACCUGCUUGCUUCUGGGGCAAAAGCAUUCAGGAAUGAGAGUGAGAACACGUGUCAAGAUGUGGACGAGUGCAGCUUCCGGCCGCCUGUGUGCCACAACUCCACCGUCUGCGUCAACACCGUGGGCUCAUACAGGUGCCGCUGCCGCCGUGGCUGGGAGCUCAAACCCGGAUUCCAGAAUAAGCAAAUGAACACCACCUGUCAAGAGAUAUCCUUCCCUGCCUGGACCGAACCCCCUGGAAUCAAGAGCCAGGGACUCUCCAACUUCUUUAAAAAAGUCCAAGUUCUGCGCAGAGACUUCAAGCCGGCCUUGGCUCAGGACACCAUCCAGGGCCUCAUAGAGGGGGUGGAUGAGUUGUUGCAGACCCUGCUAGACCUGGAGGCGCUGCCCCGCUCAGAGCAGCGCCGUGUGGCCGCGAACCUGCUCGCUGGCCUGGAGGACGUCCUGAGAAACAUAAGCCAGGCCCUGCCCAAUGGGACAUUGACCUUCAGUGCACCUGCAGGCACAGACCUGUCCCUGAAGGUGCAAGAACAAGGAGACAGAAAUGUCACCUUGAGUCUAAACCAGGCAAAGAUGCUGCUGAGCUUGGAUGAGGUGCAUGAAUCUAGUGACUCAGGUCCUUCUGUGGUGGGCCUCGUCUCCACUCCAGGGAUGGCCAAGUUCCUGGCCGAGGCGCCCCUGGUCCUGGACCAUAAGCAGCAGGCAGUUCUGCGUGAACACAAGGAAUUGCUGGGAGAGGUCCCCCCUGUCCUGCUCUCAGGUGUCGUCUCUGCCUUUGUGAGCAACAAGGACACCCAGAACCUCGGCUCCCCCGUCACCUUCAUCUUCUCCCACCACUCGGUGACACCCGGGCCAACCCAGAAGGUGUUCUGUGUCUUCUGGGAGCACAGUCAGGAUGGAGGCGGUCAUUGGUCCACCACGGGCUGCAGGAUGGCGGCCACCAGAGACGCCAGCACCACCUGCCAGUGCUCCCACCUCAGCAGCUUUGCCGUCCUCAUGGCCCACAGCCACGUGCAGGAGGAGGAUCCCGUGCUGGUUGUCAUCACCUACGUGGGGCUGGGCCUCUCUCUGCUGUGCCUCCUCCUGGCAGCCCUCACCUUCCUCCUGUGCAAAGCCAUCCAGAACACCAGCACCUCGCUCCACCUGCAGCUCUCGAUCUGCCUCUUCCUGGCCCACCUGCUCUUCCUCACGGCCAUCGACCAGACCAAGAUCAAGCUGCUGUGCGCCAUCAUCGCGGGGGCCUUACACUAUCUCUACCUGGCCUCCUUCACCUGGAUGCUGUUGGAGGGUCUACACCUCUUCCUCACGGCACGCAACCUGAUGGUGGUCAACUACUCCAGUGUGAGCAGGUUCAUGAAGAGACUCAUGUUCCCUGUGGGCUAUGGAGUCCCGGCUCUGAUCGUGGCCAUUUCUGCUGCAUCCAGACCUUCCCUUUAUGGAACACCCAUCAGCUGCUGGCUCCAUCCAGAAAAGAUGUUUAUAUGGAGCUUCCUGGGACCAGUCUGUGUCGUUAUCUCUGUCAAUUUAGUGUUGUUUUUCAUGACCCUCUGGAUUUUGCAAAGCAAGCUGUCUUCCCUCAACAGCGACGUAUCCACCCUCCAGAACACAAGGAUGCUGACAUUCAAAGCGACGGCUCAGCUCCUCAUCCUGGGCUGCACGUGGUGUCUGGGCCUCCUGCAGGUGGGGCCAGCUGCCCGCGUCAUGGCUUACCUCUUCACCAUCAUCAACAGCCUGCAGGGAGCGUUCAUCUUCCUGGUGUACUGCCUCCUCAGCCAGCAGGUCUGGGAGCAGUACAGGAAAUGGUUUAGAAGGGCCAGGAAAGCCAAAGCCGAGUCUGAGAAGUACACACUGUCCAGCAGGGCCGUGUCUGAUGCCUCCACCCCCAACACGAUUCUACUCACAUGCCCUUCUCUCUCUAUGAGAGAGAGACAGAGCGCGAGCGGAGGAGGGACAGAGAGAGAGGGAGACACAGAAUUGGAAGCAGGCUCCAGGCUCUGCAACAUCAGCACAGAGCCUGACGCGGGGCUCGAACUUGUGAACCGUGAGAUCAUGACCUGAGCCGAAGUCAUUCGCCUAACCAACUGAGCCACCCAGGUGCCCCUUCACUGUGCCUCUUUGGAACAAAGGCUUCGCAUAUAUUUCCUCUCCUUGAAACACUCUUCUGUUUUCCUUGACACAAAACUAUGGAAGCCCUGAGAUCUUAGCUCAUGUGUCUAUUCCUCUGAGAAGCCUUCUCUUCUCACUCAGAUUAGGUCAGAUCUUCUUGUUUUCCACUCUCAUGGCCCCUAGCUUUUCCUGCUGAGCGUUUGUCAGAGUCAUUUUACUCUUGGUGUCUGCUCUUUGGUCAGUGUCUGUCCUCCCUCUAGACUUCAGCCCCAGCAGGCACCGUGUUGGUUUUCUCUCUCAUGUAUCCCCAACAUUUCACACAGCGUCAGGCAUACAGAAAUGCUCUGCACAUAAUUGCUGUGUGGCUGAUCAAAUUAAAUUAAAUGAACACACCACAGCUGCAGAAGGGGCAGGAACUUGCUUGGUCAUCAGUCUCUUCCCAACUUUCCAAGUGCUCAAUAAUUAUCCAAUGAGCAAACAAAUGAAUGAAUAAAUGAGUGAAUGAACUGCCUGACCAGGAGGGGAGUAAAAUAUUAGAACAAACUACUGAUUAGUUUAUGACGCCUUUCUCUCGGGAAUUU